ACAUGGCGGCGCGCAGGGCUGGGCCCGGCCGCCGCGCCUGAGCGCCCCACCACCCUCGCUCGGCCCGCGGCGCGCACGCCCGCACCCAGCCCGGCGCGGCGGCCUCGGGGGGCGCAGGCCCGGAGCGCGGAGGCCUCGGGAGCGCGGGGACGGCGCCGGGGCAGCCUCGCCGCCCGCCGGCCGGCGCGGCCCGGACGCCCGCGCCAUGGAGUCGGAGGAGGAGCAGCACAUGACCACGCUGCUGUGCAUGGGCUUCUCGGACCCCGCCACCAUCCGCAAGGCCCUGCGCCUGGCCAAGAACGACAUCAACGAGGCCGUGGCGCUGCUCACCAACGAGCGGCCGGGCCUGGACUACGGCGGCUACGAGCCCAUGGACAGCGGCGGCGGCGGCGGCCCCGGGCCCGGGCCCGGCGGGGGCCCGCGCGGCGACGGCGGCGGGGACGGCGGCCCCUCCCGCGGCGGCAGCACCACCGGAGGCGGCAGCGGCGGCGGCGGAGGAGGAGGCGGCGGCUUCGACCCCCCGCCCGCCUACCACGAGGUGGUGGACGCCGAGAAGAAUGAUGAAAAUGGAAACUGCUCAGGGGAAGGAAUUGAAUUCCCUACAACAAAUUUAUAUGAACUGGAAAGCCGUGUUUUGACUGAUCAUUGGUCCAUCCCUUACAAGCGAGAAGAAUCACUAGGCAAAUGCUUGUUGGCGUCUACCUACCUUGCAAGACUUGGUCUUUCUGAGUCUGACGAGAAUUGUAAAAGAUUUAUGGAUAGGUGUAUGCCUGAAGCGUUUAAAAAGCUCCUAACAUCAAGUGCUGUUCACAAGUGGGGUACUGAAAUUCAUGAAGGAAUCUACAACAUGUUGAUGCUCUUAAUAGAACUGGUUGCAGAGAGAAUAAAACAAGAUCCAAUUCCCAUUGGUCUCCUGGGUGUGCUUACAAUGGCUUUCAAUCCUGAUAAUGAAUACCAUUUUAAAAACAGAAUGAAAGUGUCUCAAAGGAACUGGGCAGAAGUGUUCGGAGAGGGAAAUAUGUUUGCUAUCUCACCUGUAUCUACUUUCCAAAAGGAACCUCAUGGAUGGGUUGUGGAUUUGGUAAACAAGUUUGGAGAAUUGGGUGGAUUUGCAGCAAUCCAAGCUAAGCUCCGUUCAGAAGAUAUAGAACUUGGGGCAGUCUCAGCAUUGGUGCAGCCCUUAGGAGUGUGUGCAGAGUACCUCAAUUCCUCAGUGGUUCAGCCUAUGCUAGAUCCGGUCAUCCUUACUACAAUCCAGGAUGUGCGGAGUGUGGAGGAAAAGGACCUCAAAGACAAGAGAUUGGUUAGUAUCCCCGAGCUCUUGUCUGCCAUCAAGUUACUUUGCAUGCGCUUCCAACCAGAACUGGUGACCGUAGUGGAUGACCUUCGAUUAGACAUCCUACUGCGCAUGCUGAAAUCACCCCAUUUUAGCGCUAAAAUGAAUUCUCUCAAAGAAGUAACUAAACUAAUAGAAGAUAGCACUUUAUCCAAAUCUGUGAAGAAUGCUAUAGAUACAGACAGAUUAUUAGAUUGGCUAGUUGAAAACUCAGUUCUGUCAAUUGCACUGGAAGGCAACAUAGACCAAGCGCAGUACUGUGAUCGUAUAAAGGGAAUUAUUGAACUCUUGGGCAGUAAAUUAUCUUUAGAUGAACUCACUAAAAUUUGGAAAAUACAGUCAGGACAAUCAUCUACUGUGAUCGAGAAUAUUCAUACUAUUAUUGCCGCAGCAGCUGUCAAGUUUAAUUCAGAUCAGCUUAAUCACUUGUUUGUUCUCAUUCAGAAGAGCUGGGAGACUGAGAGCGAUAGAGUAAGACAGAAGUUAUUGAGCCUGAUUGGACGAAUAGGCCGGGAAGCUCGCUUUGAGACCACUUCUGGAAAGGUGUUAGAUGUACUCUGGGAACUGGCUCAUCUUCCAACGCUGCCCAGCAGCCUCAUUCAGCAAGCUUUGGAUGAACACCUGACAAUCCUCAGUGACGCAUAUGCAGUGAAAGAAGCGAUCAAGAGGAGCUACAUCAUCAAGUGCAUAGAAGAUAUUAAAAGGCCUGGAGAAUGGUCAGGUUUGGAAAAAAAGAAGGAUGGAUUCAAGCAAGGUGGGCUGACUGGGGAUUAUGUCUCCCUACCAGGCUACACAGAAACUAAGCAAAGGUCAUCUCAGCUUAACAAUCCCCAGUUUGUAUGGGUGGUGCCAGCUUUGCGUCAGCUCCAUGAAAUCACCCGUUCAUUCAUAAAACAAACCUAUCAAAAGCAAGACAAGAGCAUUAUUCAAGAUUUGAAGAAAAAUUUUGAAAUAGUGAAAUUGGUAACGGGAAGUUUGAUCGCUUGUCAUCGACUUGCAGCAGCCAUGGCUGGACCUGGAGGCCUGACUGGUUCAACACUAGUGGAUGGCCGAUACACUUACCGGGAGUAUUUAGAAGCCCAUCUAAAAUUUCUAGCAUUUUUCUUGCAAGAAGCUACUCUGUAUUUGGGUUGGAAUCGUGCCAAGGAAAUCUGGGAGUGUCUUGUGACUGGCCAGGAUGUUUGUGAAUUAGACAGAGAGAUGUGUUUUGAAUGGUUUACAAAAGGGCAACAUGACCUUGAGAGUGAUGUUCAGCAGCAGCUCUUCAAGGAGAAGAUUCUUAAAUUGGAAUCAUAUGAAAUCACUAUGAAUGGUUUUAACUUAUUUAAGACUUUUUUUGAAAAUGUGAAUCUCUGUGAUCAUCGAUUGAAAAGACAAGGAGCUCAGUUGUAUGUAGAAAAGCUGGAACUGAUAGGAAUGGAUUUCAUUUGGAAAAUAGCCAUGGAAUCACCUGAUGAAGAAAUUGCAAAUGAAGCUAUUCAAUUAAUCAUAAAUUAUAGUUACAUUAAUCUAAAUCCUAGGUUAAAGAAGGAUUCUGUAUCAUUGCAUAAGAAAUUCAUUGCUGAUUGCUAUACAAGAUUAGAAGCAGCCAGCUCAGCACUUGGUGGCCCCACUCUAACACAUGCUGUGACCAGAGCAACAAAAAUGCUUACAGCAACUGCCAUGCCAACUGUAGCAACAUCAGUUCAGUCUCCAUAUAGAUCCACUAAGCUUGUAAUCAUUGAGAGAUUACUGCUUUUGGCAGAACGCUAUGUGAUCACUAUAGAGGAUUUUUACUCUGUUCUACGAACUAUUCUACCUCAUGGUGCCUCAUUUCAUGGACAUCUUCUAACACUUAAUGUUACUUAUGAGUCUACCAAAGAUACCUUUACUGUAGAGGCUCACAGUAAUGAAACCAUAGGGAGUGUCCGGUGGAAGAUAGCCAAGCAGUUGUGCUGUCCUGUGGAUAACAUCCAGAUAUUUACAAAUGAUAGUCUGCUGACAGUGAAUAAAGAUCAGAAGCUACUCCACCAGCUGGGCUUUUCUGAUGAGCAGAUCCUUACGGUGAAGACUUCCGGCAGUGGGACCCCAUCUGGGAGCUCCGCAGAUUCCUCCACCAGCUCCAGCAGCAGCAGCAGUGGGGUUUUCAGUUCAUCAUAUGCCAUGGAGCAGGAGAAAUCCCUUCCUGGUGUUGUGAUGGCACUUGUGUGUAAUGUAUUUGACAUGCUUUACCAGCUUGCCAAUCUAGAGGAGCCAAGGAUAACUCUACGAGUACGAAAGCUUCUGCUCCUGAUACCCACUGAUCCAGCCAUUCAGGAAGCCCUUGACCAACUGGAUUCUUUAGGAAGAAAGAAAACAUUGCUGUCUGAAACAAGCUCUCAGUCUUCAAAAUCUCCAUCCCUCUCUUCAAAGCAGCAGCACCAGCCAAGCGCCAGCUCAAUUCUAGAGAGUCUCUUUCGAUCUUUUGCUCCAGGAAUGUCCACCUUCAGAGUGCUUUACAACUUAGAAGUUCUAAGCUCCAAACUCAUGCCAACAGCUGAUGAUGAUAUGGCAAGAAACUGUGCAAAAUCCUUCUGUGAGAACUUCCUCAAAGCAGGAGGUUUGAGUUUGGUUGUAAAUGUCAUGCAGAGGGAUUCCAUCCCAUCAGAAGUCGACUAUGAAACAAGGCAGGGAGUUUAUUCUAUCUGUCUACAACUCGCAAGAUUUUUACUUGUUGGACAAACAAUGCCCACUUUAUUAGAUGAAGACAUCGCCAAAGAUGGUAUAGAGGCACUUUCUUCUCGCCCAUUCCGAAAUGUUAGCAGGCAGACCAGCAGGCAGAUAUCCCUAUGUGGUACCCCAGAAAAGUCAUCCUACCGACAGUUGUCAGUGUCUGAUAGGUCUUCUAUUAGAGUGGAGGAAAUCAUCCCUGCUGCACGAGUUGCAAUACAAACAAUGGAAGUAAAUGAUUUCACUUCCACUGUGGCUUGUUUCAUGAGACUGUCCUGGGCUGCUGCUGCAGGACGACUUGACCUCGUUGGGAGUAGCCAACCAAUAAAAGAAAGUAAUUCUCUGUUUCCUGCUGGAAUUCGAAACAGGCUCAGCAGUUCAGGAAGCAACUGCAGCUCUGGAAGUGAAGGAGAGCCAGUCGCCCUGCACGCAGGCAUCUGUGUGCGCCAGCAGUCCGUGUCCACCAAAGACUCCCUGAUUGCUGGAGAGGCUCUGUCUCUCCUGGUUACCUGCCUACAGCUUCGGAGCCAACAACUGACAUCUUUCUAUAACUUGCCCUGUGUUGCUGAUUUUAUCAUCGAUAUUCUGCUUGGAUCGCCAAGUGCUGAGAUUCGCCGUGUUGCCUGUGAUCAACUGUAUACUCUUAGUCAGACAGAUACUUCAACUCAUCCAGAUGUACAGAAGCCAAAUCAGUUUCUUCUAGGCGUGAUUCUCACAGCUCAGCUGCCUCUCUGGUCUCCAACUAGUAUUAUGAGAGGAAUCAAUCAAAGACUAUUAUCUCAGUGUAUGGAGUAUUUUGAUCUGAGGUGCCAAUUACUAGAUGAUCUGACAACUUCAGAAAUGGAACAGUUAAGAAUCAGCCCGGCUACCAUGCUUGAAGAUGAGAUUACUUGGCUGGAUAACUUUGAACCUAAUCGCACAGCUGAAUGUGAGACCAGUGAAGCAGACAACAUUUUACUGGCAGGACACUUACGGCUCAUUAAGACCCUUCUUUCACUCUGUGGGGCAGAAAAAGAAAUGCUUGGUUCAUCACUCAUUAAACCAUUGUUAGAUGACUUCCUUUUCCGAGCUUCUAGAAUUAUCUUAAAUAGUCAUUCUCCAGCUGGCAGUGCCGCCAUCAGUCAACAGGACUUUCAUCCAAAGUGUAGUACAGUGAAUAGCCGAUUAGCAGCCUAUGAAGUCCUUGUAAUGUUGGCGGAUAGCUCACCUUCAAAUCUUCAAAUUAUUACAAAAGAACUACUUUCUAUGCAUCAUCAGCCAGACCCUGCUCUUACCAAGGAGUUUGAUUACCUCCCCCCAGUGGACAGCAGGUCCAGUGCAGGGUUUGUGGGUCUGAGGAAUGGUGGCGCCACAUGUUACAUGAACGCCGUCUUCCAGCAGCUGUACAUGCAGCCCGGUCUCCCUGAGGCAUUACUUUCAGUGGAUGACGACACUGACAAUCCAGAUGAUAGUGUAUUCUACCAAGUGCAGUCUCUGUUUGGGCAUUUGAUGGAAAGCAAGCUGCAGUAUUAUGUACCUGAGAACUUUUGGAAGAUUUUCAAAAUGUGGAACAAAGAACUUUAUGUGAGAGAACAACAGGAUGCAUAUGAGUUCUUCACUAGCCUCAUUGAUCAGAUGGAUGAAUAUCUCAAGAAAAUGGGGAGAGACCAAAUUUUUAAGAAUACUUUUCAAGGCAUCUAUUCUGAUCAGAAAAUCUGUAAAGACUGUCCUCACAGAUAUGAGCGAGAGGAAGCUUUCAUGGCUCUCAAUCUAGGAGUUACUUCCUGUCAGAGUUUGGAAAUUUCAUUGGACCAGUUUGUUAGAGGAGAAGUUCUAGAGGGAAGUAAUGCCUAUUACUGUGAAAAGUGUAAAGAAAAGAGAAUAACAGUCAAAAGGACCUGUAUUAAGUCUUUACCUAGUGUCUUGGUCAUUCACCUAAUGAGAUUCGGAUUUGACUGGGAAAGUGGACGCUCCAUUAAAUAUGAUGAACAGAUAAAGUUUCCCUGGAUGUUAAACAUGGAGCCGUACACAGUUUCAGGAAUGGCUCGCCAAGAUUCGUCUUCUGAAGUUGGUGAAAAUGGACGAAGUAUGGAUCAGGGAGGUGGAGGGUCUCCACGGAAGAAAGUUGCCCUCACAGAAAACUAUGAACUUGUCGGUGUCAUCGUACACAGUGGGCAGGCACAUGCGGGUCACUACUAUUCCUUCAUUAAGGAUAGGCGGGGAUGUGGAAAAGGAAAGUGGUAUAAAUUUAAUGACACAGUUAUAGAAGAAUUUGACCUAAAUGAUGAGACCCUGGAAUAUGAAUGCUUUGGAGGAGAAUACAGACCAAAAGUUUAUGAUCAAACAAAUCCAUAUACUGAUGUUCGCCGAAGAUACUGGAAUGCCUAUAUGCUCUUCUACCAACGGGUAUCUGAUCAGAACUCCCCAGUCUUACCAAAGAAAAGUCGAGUCAGCGUUGUGAGACAGGAAGCUGAGGAUCUCUCUCUAUCAGCACCUUCUUCACCAGAAAUUUCACCUCAGUCAUCCCCUAGGCCCCAUAGGCCUAACAAUGACCGGCUCUCUAUUCUAACCAAACUGGUUAAAAAGGGAGAAAAGAAAGGACUAUUUGUGGAGAAAAUGCCUGUUCGAAUAUAUCAGAUGGUGAGAGAUGAAAACCUCAAGUUUAUGAAGAAUAGAGAUGUGUACAGUAGUGAUUAUUUCAGUUUUGUGUUGUCUUUAGCAUCAUUGAAUGCUGUAAGUACUGGCUGGAUUGUUACUAAAACUAAAUUGAAGCAUCCAUACUAUCCUUGCAUGGCAAAGGUAAGCUUACAGCUUGCCAUUCAAUUCCUUUUUCAAACUUAUCUACGGACAAAGAAAAAACUCAGGGUUGACACUGAAGAAUGGAUUGCCACUAUUGAAGCAUUACUUUCAAAAAGUUUUGAUGCUUGUCAAUGGCUAGUUGAAUACUUUAUUGGUUCUGAAGGACGAGAAUUGAUAAAGAUAUUCUUGCUGGAGUGCAAUGUGAGAGAAGUGCGAGUCGCUGUGGCCACCAUUCUGGAGAAAACCCUGGACAGUGCCUUGUUUUAUCAGGACAAGUUAAAAAGCCUUCACCAGUUACUGGAGGUACUACUUGCUCUGUUGGAUAAAGACGUCCCAGAAAAUUGUAAAAACUGUGCUCAGUACUUUUUCCUGUUCAACACUUUUGUACAAAAGCAAGGUAUUAGGGCUGGAGACCUCCUCCUGCGGCAUUCAGCUCUGCGACACAUGAUCAGCUUUCUCCUGGGGGCCAGUCGCCAGAACAAUCAGAUUCGGCGAUGGAGUUCCGCACAAGCACGAGAAUUUGGGAAUCUUCACAACACAGUGGCGUUGCUUGUUUUGUAUUCAGAUGUCUCUUCCCAGAGGAAUGUUGCUCCUGGUGUAUUUAAACAACGGCCACCCAUCAGCAUUGCUCCUUCAAGCCCGCUGCUGCCCCUCCAUGAGGAAGUAGAAGCCUUGUUGUUCUUGUCUGAAGGGAAGCCUUACCUGUUAGAGGUGAUGUUUGCUCUGCGCGAGCUGACGGGUUCACUCCUGGCGCUCAUGGAGAUGGUGGUGUACUGCUGCUUCUGCAAUGAGCACUUCUCCUUCACAAUGCUGCACUUCAUUAAGAACCAACUAGAAACAGCUCCACCACACGAGUUAAAGAAUACCUUCCAACUGCUUCAUGAGAUAUUGGUCAUUGAAGAUCCCAUACAAGUAGAGCGAGUCAAGUUUGUGUUUGAGACGGAAAAUGGACUACUAGCUCUGAUGCACCACAGUAAUCACGUGGACAGCAGUCGCUGCUACCAAUGUGUCAAAUUUCUGGUAACUCUUGCUCAAAAGUGUCCCGCUGCUAAGGAGUACUUCAAGGAGAACUCCCACCACUGGAGCUGGGCCGUGCAGUGGCUGCAGAAGAAGAUGUCAGAACAUUAUUGGACACCGCAAAGCAAUGUCUCUAAUGAAACGUCAACUGGAAAGACCUUUCAGCGGACGAUUUCAGCUCAGGACACGCUGGCCUAUGCCACCGCUUUGCUGAAUGAGAAGGAACAGUCGGGGAGCAGCAACGGGUCGGAGAGCAGCCCCGCAAACGAGAACGGAGACCGGCACCUGCAGCAGGGCUCAGAAUCGCCUAUGAUGAUUGGCGAGUUAAGAAGUGACCUUGACGACGUGGAUCCCUAGAGGAGCGUGUCCAGCACACGAUGGGGAGUCACGUCGCUCGGCACCCGUUUGAAACCAGAACGUCACCUAGAACCCCCUAGAGGAGCUGGAGGCGGGCGGAGAGCCUGCGCGGCCGGCCUGCGGAGGAGCGGGGGGAGCACUGGCCGGGAGCGGGCUCUGCGGUGGGGAGCGCCGGCCGUGGGCCAGCCGCCCGAGGCAACUCCACGCGUGGGCUAACGUUUCUGUGGCGAUUUUACAAAACAAACCCAGUGGCAGACUUUUGUUCAUGAACAUGCAACAGUGAGCGAGGGUAAAGCUGCGGCUUUCUCUACGAUGCUAUAGGAGAAAUUCUUUUGGUUUUUAUUUUUAUUUUUUUAAAGCAAUCUGCCUUUAGAAAUGUGGAGGCAAAUUUUUAAUCUUGUAGUAACAUUGAUUAGGGAUAUCAAACUUAAGGCUAUGUAAAGAUAUGUGAUAAAAUUCCUUUCAUUGUAAAAUAGUAAAGAAUUCAGUUUACACAGACCUUUGUAUUUAAUAUGUCUCCCGUUUGUACAGAAUUGCAGGUGGGUUUGGAUGAGAGCCCGGGGCAUAAACUUGAAUCUUGAUGAAAUGUUACCAGAAUUGAAAAUUGGGGGGUUAUUCAGCUACUCAAGGUCUUUUUCCUGAUAUAAUUGAAUGAUAUUCCCCAGGGCGCAUUCUUGACAUCAGUCACUAAAGAAAUCGUAAGUUAUUCCCAAGAUAAAAUUUAAAAACAGCAAAAUAAGAAGCACUUUAAGGUAUAAUUUUAUUGAGUUUAACUUCAUGAAAUCAUCUUUUUAAUGCUUGGAGACAUAUUGAAUAAACUAGUCUUAAAUCAUGUGAUCUGCAAUCAUUUAUUUCUUUUUGAUUAAAACAGUUGCUGAAACCCUUGGUACUGGUUGUAUAUGAAGUUAAAUAUUGAAUUGAGGAAUCAUUGUGAGUUUCUAAUCAUUUUAAUGCAGACAAGGAACUUGAAACUUUGUUUCUCUUCAACUUAAGUGAUGAACACUGAAAAGAUAGGAGCAGGUUUUAUUUUCCCAGAAAUAACCAGGAAGCAACUGACCAAGCAUCCUUUAGUUGGAAUUACCAAGUGUAACACGCCAGCUCCCCUCGGUCCCAGGGUGGGGUUGCAUAUUUAACAUUCUGUGUAUUUUGUACAUUUUGUAUUUUGAGUUGUUGCUACACAGAUUUUCCAACCCUGUUUUGCCUUUAGUUACAUGCUCUACCUUGCUUUCAACUCACCAUGCGCAGAACUAGGGGAGCCUUGGGAAGCGCCAGGUUGCCGCUGUUAGAUUUGCCAAAUCCAAGAGGUGUGUCCAGCCCCAAGUGCCUUUUGGUGGCUUCUGCAUCAUGUGACACGUGGCAGGACAUCAGCUCUUCCCUCUGCACCGUCAGCCCCGGUCACGGCACUGCGGCCAGGGGAGGCCCCGUGCAGCCAGGCCAGCGUGCCACCCUGCGCAUGCCUCAGGCCGCUGCUGGCUUUUGUCAGACACCCGGUGGACGGAGGAGCCGGCUUGUAAGAGCAGAACUGUGCCCUCAGAAAAACGGACAGGGGUAGUUUUAUAUGGUUCUGGUGUUCUUGCAAUUUUGAAUGUGAUGUUUUAAAACUGAUUUUGAGUACAUGACUAUUCCAUACCUACUGUCUUCCUUACCCUGCCCUCCCCCUUCUCCACCGCCAUCCUCACAGAAAGACUGUGGGACGUGACAUUGAAAUGCCGGCGGUGAGAUGUGUGGGGACAUCAUCGCCGGCAGCUGUACUCAGGAGCCCAAAUUCAGGAGUGAAAUCGCCACUUCUAGUCCCUUAUUUCCUAUGGAAACAACGCCUUCCGCACCCCAGCACCUGCUGUCCUCACUGCAAAGCUUCGUCGGGACCGCAUCGAGACCACAUCACGCGCUCUGUUCAUUUUGCUCUUGUUGCUGCAAUGACUGCCCCUUCCAUGUAGCCAGUAACCACUUGAUUGCCAACGGCUGCAGCCUGCAAACCUGCUGAUGACUUUUUUAAUACACAACAAAGCGACAAUUGUGACAGGCUACCUUGGAAGAGUUGUCGUUUUUAUUGCCAACUUUUUUGGAUGAAGACGUUUUUAUAAACCUUUCAAAAAGUAGGAAUUGCACAACUAACUCAAUGCUGUGUGUCCUCAAGAAGCUCCCCUGGCGAGGCCCACUGUCGAUGCUGCGUCUGCGCACCAGAGGCACUCCGGGAGGAAAAAGAGCAUCCCAGCGGGAUGCCCGUGGCCUUCCUCAAGGUCCCUGGCAGCAAGGACAAGUGGCAGGACCUGAAGGCCAUGCUCUGGCAAUUGCCCUGUCUUGCCCCCCCGCCCGCCGCCCCCCCACCCCCACCCCCUCCGCUAACAUUGAGGUGUGUGCAGUUACCUUCCGAGCUUGGAACCAGCAGACUGGAAUUGUCCUCUGCUACCUCUUGUGUACAGGAUCUUGUUUAUAAAUUUCAAAGGAAGUAGAUGAACAGGGAAGAAUCUUACUUGUAAGUGUGGUUUAUGAGUGGCAGAGUUCUUAGCUUCUAAGGGUAUAAAAUAAAUUUUUCAAAAACGGA